AUGCAGGAGAAGCUGCGUAUCCUGGAAGAUCUCAACAUGCUCUAUAUCCGACAGAUCGCCAUUAGCCUCCAGGCGGCCACCGAGGGGCCCUCGAGUGUCCCCAUGGGGCCGUCCCGGGGGGGCUCAGCCCCCCUCACCACCCAUCUUCCCCACCCACCUCCCACCCCAGACCUGCGCAUCCCGCUGAUGUGGAAGGACACGGAGUACUUCAGGAACAAGGGAGAACUGCACCGCUGCGCCGUCUUCUGCCUGCUGCAGCUCGGGGCGGAGAUCCACGACACCCCCAUGGUGCUGGUGGACCGGACCCUCACCGACAUCUGCUUCGAGAGCGCCCCGGCACUCACCAUCGCCGUCAACAAGGAGACCCGCAUCCGCGCGACGGAGCGGGAGGGGCGCGGGCAGCCCCACGGCAUGGCCGUCACCAACCGCUACGGCGGCGAGGAGGUGACCCACACGCUGCUGGCUGAGAGCCGGGCCGAGGCGCAGCGAUGGAUGGAAGCCUUCUGGCAGCACUUCUACGACAUGAGUCAGUGGAAGCAGUGCUGUGACGAGCUGAUGAGGAUCGAGGUGCCGCCGCCGCGCCGGCCGCCCGCCAUGCUGCCCCGGCAGGGCUCGCUCUACCACGAGAUGGCUAUUGAUCCGGCCGACGACAUCGAGGCAGUGACGGACAUCCUGACGCGGCGGGCGGGGGGACGGGCGCCAGGGACCCCCCCGUGGGUCUCCCUCUUUGAGGGGCCCCCCCCGCAUGCCCCUCACUCCGGCCGGGCGGGCAGCCCCAGCCCCCCUGCCCGCCGCCCCUGGGGCCGUCCCCGCACCCUCUCCCUCGACGCCAAGCUCAGCACCCUGAAGGGACGAGGAUCCCGGCAGGCAGCCCACCCCCCACGGCCCUCGCCUCCCAGCUCUGGUUCCUCCAGCAGCGGCAGCAGCAGCCCAGUCAUGGACCAUAACCCCCCCACGCCCCCCAGCCCCCUCCAGUCCCGGGUCUGA